AUGGGUAACGUGAUGAGUGCAAGUUUCGCUACAGAGUGUACACCUUUGAAGGGUAAGUACGAUAAAUGUUUUAACGACUGGUACAGCGAGAAAUUUUUGAAAGGUGAGUCAAUUGAAAACGAAUGCCAAACCGAAUGGUACGAAUAUAUGGAAUGUGUCCAAGCUAGCUUGGUGAAACAAGGCAUAAAACCAGCUCUAGAUGAAGCACGUAAGGAAGCACCAUUCGAGAAUGACGGAAAACCUGUAGAGCCUUGA